UUGUCUUGGUCAUCAAAGUCCAUCAGAAGUGUUUCGAGUCAAGUGUUGCUUAGUCAUGCAGUGUCCGUUCCUAAGUCGUUUUAAUGCAAAUUAUUUGCGCACGUAUACUGAAGUCCUGUAUCAAUCAUACGGAAGCUACUGCCCAGUAAUUGGGAAGACCAUUAAUAAUGCGACUGCUGCUAAUGCUAUUGUUACUGAGAAAAAACUUUCUCUAGUAACGUCAAUGCCGUUUUCAUCAACCGCAGCAAGGUCGUACUCUGACCGAUAUGCAGCUGACGUGAGAAGCAACAACGACUACACAAACAACAAGAAUGUUGCGCUGAAUGAUGUAAUGGGUGAUGGUGACCCUAAGUCUAAGAGUGCUUUUCAUUACGAAAAAUUUUUCAAUGAGCAAAUCAUGAAAAAGAAACGCGAUCAUUCAUAUCGUGUAUUUAAACGGGUUAACCGUUUGGCUGGAGAUGGCUUGUUUCCCCAUGCAUUGGAAUAUUCCAGUCAAAGUGAGCGCCCCAUAACCGUUUGGUGUUCCAACGAUUACUUAGGAAUGUCCGCUCAUCCGAGUGUGAAACGCGCUGUCCAGGAUGCUCUCAACAUGCAUGGAUCAGGUGCAGGCGGUACUCGCAACAUAUCGGGUAAUUCAUUGCAUCACGAGCGACUCGAACGUAAGCUAGCGGAGUUGCAUCAAAAAGAUGGUGCUCUCUUGUUCACUUCAUGCUUCGUGGCGAAUGAUUCAACUCUUUUUACGCUGGCAAAACUAUUGCCCAACUGCCAUAUAUUCUCUGAUGCUGGAAACCAUGCGUCCAUGAUCAUGGGCAUAAGGAAUAGUGGUGUGCCAAAGCAUAUCUUUCGGCAUAACGAUGUCGACCACCUGCGACAAUUACUGCAGCAAGUGGACAAGUCGAUACCUAAAAUUGUUGCAUUCGAAACGGUGCAUUCCAUGACAGGAGCAAUCUGCCCGCUGGAAGAGAUACUAGAUGUGGCCCAUGAGCACGGUGCAAUUACAUUCAUAGAUGAAGUUCAUGCAGUUGGUCUGUAUGGAGAUCAUGGCGCUGGAGUUGGGGAACUUAAUGGUGUUUUGGCUAAAAUGGAUAUAAUUUCGGGAACGCUAGGAAAAGCCUUUGGCAAUAUUGGCGGCUAUAUUGCUGGCACUUCUUCUUUGAUAGAUCUGAUCCGAUCCUAUGCAGCGGGUUUUAUUUUUACUACAUCAUUGCCACCAACUGUGCUGUGUGGUGCACUGAAAGCUGUCAACAUACUGGCCUCUGAUGAGGGUCGUCAGCUAAGGGAUAUGCAUCAGCGGAAUGUUUCCUACUUGAAAAAUUUACUUAAAAGAGAAGGAUUUCCUGUUGAAGAUACUCCAAGUCAUAUAAUUCCAAUUAAAAUUGGUGACCCACUUAAAUGCACGCAAAUAUCUAAUAUGUUAAUGGAACAAUUCGGACAUUAUUUACAAUCCAUUAAUUAUCCAACUGUCGCACGCGGUCAGGAAAAACUUCGAUUAGCACCCACUCCAUUUCACACUACAGAAAUGAUGAAUGUCCUGGUUACCGACUUAAAAAAGGUAUGGGAUGUGCUGGAGCUGUCGAAAAACGUGCCUCUGAAUCCCAGUGGUUGCAUGUUUUGCAACUCUGAGAGCUGUUGGCAUCAGGAGAAUUGCCCAGACCUUGAGUGCGGCAUUCCUAAUUGUCCUCGCUUAGAGGUAUCGGUCGCAGCUUAAUUUGCUUUCCAUUUACAUAAAUAUCAAUAUACCUUGAUUGAAAUGGUUUAAUGUGAAUUGUUACAAAUAAAUAUUGGUAUUGGGACCCAA